GUAGCUCCACCCUGGUUUAGUUACCCUACUGGAGGUGAGCGUAUCCCUUCGUCUCUCACGCUCGAUCGCCGCGAUGCUCGCUCCGAUGGCUCGCCUCGCGUCCAAGCGGCUCUCCGAGAUCCGCCAAAUCUUCCGACCACCUCUUCAGGCCUCGAGCUUUGCAGGUUCGAGAUCUUUAUCCACUGCUCUCAACUACCACAUUGAUUCGCCGGAUAAUAAUCCUGAUACGCCAUGGGAAUUCAGCGAGGCCAAUAAAGAGAGGGCGAAGGAGAUAUUAUCCCAUUACCCUUCCAACUACAAGCAGUCUGCUGUAAUUCCUUUAUUAGAUCUUGCCCAACAACAACAUGGAGGAUGGCUGCCUGUAUCGGCAAUGAAUGCGGUAGCUAAAGUCAUAGAAGUUGCUCCUAUUCGUGUAUAUGAAGUUGCCACAUUUUAUUCAAUGUUCAAUCGUACAAAGGUUGGUAAAUAUCACUUACUGGUCUGCGGAACAACACCUUGUAUGAUACGCGGCUCACGUGAAAUAGAGGAAGCACUACUAAAACACCUUGGAGUGAAGCGCAACGAAGUAACAAAGGAUGGCAUGUUUUCUGUUGGGGAAAUGGAAUGCAUGGGUUGCUGUGUAAAUGCUCCUAUGAUAACUGUGGCUGACUAUUCCAAAGGUUCAGAAGGUUACACAUAUAAUUACUAUGAGGAUGUCACCCCCAAGAGAGUCGUCGAGAUCGUUGAGAUGCUUCGGAGAGGAGAAGCUCCACCAGUGGGCACACAAAAUCCAGAUCGCAUAAAAUGCGGCCCUGCUGGAGGUAUCAAAACUUUGUUAGGGGAGCCAAAGCCACCGCCAUGCAGGGAUCUUGAUGCCUGCUAAUGUUAAAUUAUUUGCAUUUUCCAACACGAGACGAGGCAUGAAAUAAUCGAAGUGCUAAAACGCUCAUCAGAUUUUCUAUGUUGUCUGCUGGAGCCCUGCUUGGUGUUCCUCUGCUUCAUUUGUAGUCCUUUUCCAAUGUUGUUAUCAUGUAGGUUUAUUAGGUUUUCGUGUUAAUUGUACUUGUGUUGUUUGGUGGUGAUCAUCAAUAAAUCCUUUAACAACUCGAAUGCUAUACACCGCACAUUUAUUGGGGAAUAUCCAUAAACACUUUGGAUUAUUCUUCCUUUUAUUUUUAGGAAUUCACAUGCAAGUGGAGUGAAGCUUAGAAAGCA